AUGGCAGACCCUGUUAUCUCUUCUGUAAUUGACUCUGUUAUCUCUUCUGUAAUUGAGAGAACUGGCGAACUGCUGAUUCAAAAAAUUGUUUUCCUGAAAGGCGUUCGACGACAAGUUGAGACACUUCAAAAUGAUCUGGUCCGGAUGCGGUGUUUCCUGAAAGAUGCUGAUCAGAGGCAAGAUGAAGAUGCGAGGAUCCGCAACUGGGUUUCUGAAAUCAGAGCCGCUGCCUACGAUGCGGAGGAUAUCAUUGAGAUCUUUGCCAGCAAAAUUGAAAGUAUAAAAGAUAAGGGAUUUGUGACUAGAUUGGCAUAUUAUCCCUGGCGGAUUGUGAGCCUUAACAAGAUCGGUAAAGAGAUUGAGUCCUUACUGACAAGGCUCGAUGACAUAGAGAGGGAAAAGUUUGGUAUAAAAAAUCUUGGAGAGGGAACGAAUACACAUGGAGAAGAGCUUCAACGGCUCCGGCGGUCCUCUCCUAUCAGCGAGGACAAGGAUAUAGUGGGCUUCGAGGAGAUAACAAAAUCCCUGGUGGCAGAACUUUUGAAAGAUGACAGAAACCGCCGUGUGGUUUCAAUCAUCGGCAUGGGAGGUGCUGGUAAGACAACUCUUGCCAAAAAAGUUUAUAACCAUGCUGACGUCACGAAGAGAUUCAAGUGUCGUGCUUGGGUAUGUGUCUCUUCAAGCUAUGAUCACAAAAAGAUACUGAAAUCAAUCAUAAAGCAAUUAAAUCCAAAGGAUGACAAGCUAUCUAAAAUGUUGGAAAAGAUGGAAGAGGAAGAGUUGGAAGAAAGGCUGUAUAAAGAUCUACAAGACAAAUGUUGUCUUGUGGUACUUGAUGAUGUAUGGAAGGAAGCAGGGUGGGAUUGUCUUGCCAGGAGGGCCUUUCCUGAUGUUGGCACAUCAAGUAGAGUGCUACUUACAAGUCGCAAACGGGAUGUUGCCCAACACGCUGAUGCUUAUAGUUAUAGACACCCGUACGAGUUGAAAACUUUGGGGCAGGAAGACAGCUGGCAGUUGUUUCUCAAAAAGGCCUUAGGCCAUGGAGCUAAUGCUGGGUGUCCUCCGGAUUUGGAAGCAGUAGGCAGAGAGAUUACCAGAAGAUGUGGUGGUCUGCCGCUGGCCAUCACGGUUAUAGGUGGCCUGCUACUGGGCAAGAAAAGGUGGAAGAGUGAAUGGGAGAACGUUCUCGACGACUUUGGCGCAUACCUGUCAAGGAGCCAGAGUGAAGCAGGGGAAAUUAGUGAAGCAUGGGCAAUUCUGGAAUUAAGUUAUGCAGACCUCCCUGCCAAUCAUCUUUUAAGUACAAACUGA